GACCCCACACAAAUGCUGAACGCGCGCGUCGUGCAUCUGGAAUGCACAUCCCUGCCCCAUCUGCGCUAGGCGAUCGUCACUGCUGCAAUUGUGCCCCUGGCGGCAAGCCACCUAGAAUUCAAGCUCAACGUUUGCGACAUUAACCGCCUCCACGAUCCCCAACGCGCCGCAAUCCCUUCAACGAUACCACGCGACAACGUUCUCCAGGCUACGCGCUUUCUUCGACGCCGACCGAUACCCGCGCACCUCGCUCCGCAUUCCCUCGCUCCAUACUGCACACUACCCUCACAAUGACGCGGUUACUACUACCUUUCACUGCGUUUGCCGCGCUUGCACCUCUUGUGAGCGCUGGCAUUAAAUUUACAAGUCCGGUUGCAGGCGACAAACUGACGGUUGGCACGGCGAUCGAGGUAGAAUGGGAGGAAGGCGGCACGGGCCCCGAAAUCAGUGACUUGAUAACAUACCAGCUCAUUCUAGUAGGCGGUGGACAGGAGGAUAAAGAGCAACAGGUGGUCAAGGUCCUUACAACAGCGGGAAACUUCGCGCUUGGUGGUAACAAGGCGUCUGCUUUGGUAGAGACUGGACUGCCAGGAGCGAGCACACCAGCCAAUGCCUACUUCAUCAAGAUGGUCGCUGUAGGCAAGACUGGAGGCGAACUCACGGCCUACUCGGAUCGCUUCUCCUACUCGGGCAUGACAGGCGCAUGGAGAGACGACGUGAAGACGGCUCUUAGCAAGCUCGAUACCACAGACGGGCCUGCGACCAAGGACACCACCACCGAUGCUGCAGGCGGAGCAGCAGGCGCAGAUGGCGACUACGAUGUCGAGUAUACAAUGCAGACGGGCCCUACACGAUAUGCGCCGAUGCAGCCAGUACCACCGAAAACGGUCACAGCAAAGAACACGAAGCCCUUGUAUCCAACAAGUAGCGUCAAGAUUGCGACGGCCUUCUUGCCAAUCCCGAGUAUUCAGACAACUAUCACACAGGCUCAGACAUUCUCGGUCAGCAGCAUGGAGAACACGGUCGCUGCUGCUCCUCACCCAACAGACGACAUGCAGAAGUUUCUGAACAGGUGGAAGGACUAGAUCUGUGCAUUGGCUCACUUUGGAAAAAU